UGAAUCCCCAAAUCUUAAAUUUUCAAUUAACUGUUAGGGAUUCCUUUCUGUUUCUGAUUUCGUCGAUUGAAAGCACAAUCGUUUCGUGUACUCAUUGCCUCUGUAUAGUCCACGCCAAGUUACUUGGCUUGCAUUUCGCUUAAAUUGAUUUUAUUUCUGAGUUUUUCUUGGAACGCUUGAAAGAGGUUACCUUUCAAGUUCGCAUUAUGACAUUCCAUAUGCUUGUUGAUACAGUGUAGUAGAGAUGAACAUAUCUGCUCUUUUGACUUCUGCUGGUAUCAAUACUGGCAUAUGUGUGGGGGCUUUUUCUUUGUACUCUGUCUUAAGAAAACAACCCAACCUUGUGAGCGUGUACUUUGCCCGGAAGCUUGUUCAAGAGCAAUCAAGACAUGAAGAUUCCUUUUGGUUUGGAAGGCUUAUUCCUUCCGCUAGUUGGAUAGUGAAGGCAUGGGAAGCAUCCGAAGACGAAUUAUAUGCCGCUGGCGGUGUGGAUGCUGUGGUAUUUCUACGUAUGGUUGUCUUCAGUCUCAGAGUAUUCACUGUUGCUGCCGUAAUAUGCUUGUUUCUUGUUCUUCCUCUUAAUUAUUUUGGGACCGAUAUGGAGCAUAAGCUAAUUUCAAAUGAACCAUUGUCUGUGUUCACGAUUGGCAAUGUCAAGGAGGGAUCAAAAUGGCUUUGGGCCCAUUGUCUUGCAUUAUACAUAAUAACUUGCUGCGCGUGUAUCCUACUUUAUUAUGAAUACAAGAACAUAACGAAGAUCAGAUUGGCGCAUAUUGCUGCAUCCGUUUCCCACCCCAGUUAUUUUACAGUAAUUGUUCGUGGCAUUCCUUGGGUUCAGGAUGAAUCAUAUAGUGACACCGUCGCAAAAUUCUUUACGGAGUUCUACGCCUCAAGCUAUUUAUCUCACCAAAUGGUUUAUCAGUCUGGAGCAGUCCAGAAAUUGAUGAGUGAUGCUGAGAAGAUGUAUAAGAUGCUGAAGUCUACACACACGGAGAAAUGUUGUGUACCACGAUUAAUGAGAUGUGGCUUUUGUGGAGGCACUGCAACAUCUUUUAAGAUGCUUUCUAAUGAGGCCAAAACUCCUAAGGAAGAAAGUUGCUUUGAUGGUGUGGACGUGAAGAAAAAGAACUGCUUUGGUUUUCUUCAGGACUCGUUAUGCUGCAUUGCUUGUCUCAGAGACUCUUCAAUCACCAAAUCCCCUGUCAUGGGUGACAAAUGCUGCUCCAGAACCAAGUGAUAUAUAUUGGGCAAAUUUAUGUGUACCACAUCAAAUCUUUUGGAUCCGGAAAAUUAUCGUUCUUGUGGCCUCUAUGCUUUUUGUGAUCUUCUUCCUUAUCCCUGUGGUGUUUACACAAGGGCUUGUUCAUCUGGAUAAACUACAAAGGAUAUUUCCGUUCUUGAAGGAUAUUGGACGAAGGAAGGUUUUAGUACAGCUGAUCACUGGAUAUCUGCCUAGUGUUGUUUUCGUUAUCUUUUUGUAUUUGGUCCCACCAGUGAUGAUGUUUUUCUCCACGAUAGAAGGCGCCAUAUCACGUGGUGCCAGGAAAAGAAGUACAUCCAUUAAAUUUGUUUGCUUUCUUAUAUGGAAUGUAUUCUUUGCCAAUAUUCUCACAGAGGCUGCUAUCGACCAUUAUCAAUUUACAUUCACAAAGUUGGGGGAUGCAAGAAAUAUACCAAAUUUGCUUGCCAAAGCAGUGCCAGCGACGGCCACCUACUUCAUGACUUAUGUUCUCGCAUCAGGCUGGGCAAGUUUGUCCUGUGAAAUCAUUCAGCCAUUUCCUCUUCUCUGCAACUUAUUUUAUAGAUACAUUCUUCGAAAUAUGGAUGAUUCAUCUUACGGCGCAUAUACCUUUCCGUACCAUACAGAAGUUCCGAGAGUCCUUCUGUUUGGGGUGCUGGGCUUCACUUGUUCCACAAUAGCACCACUAAUAUUGCCCUUCUUACUGGUUUACUUUUUCCUUGCUUAUCUAGUUUACCGCAAUCAGAUACUGAAUGUAUAUAUCACAGAGUAUGAUACUGGGGGACUAUAUUGGCCUAUUGUUCACAACACAACAAUAUUCUCAUUGGUGCUGACCCAAAUAAUUGCUUUGGGAGUUUUUGGAAUCAAAGAAUCACCGAUUGCGUCAAGUUUCACUAUUCCACUAAUCAUUUCUACGCUCCUCUUCAAUGAGUAUUGCGGUCAAAGAUUUCUCCCAACCUUCCAAAAGAUCCCAACAAAGAUUAUCAUUGAAAUGGACCGUAAAGAUGAGCAUUGCGAGGAAGAAAUGCAUCAGAAAUUGCAAUCCUCUUAUUGUCAGUUCAGAUCCAGGAAUCUCAAUCUACAUAACACCCCAGAAUGUAGUAGUAAGCCUCAGUCUGUACUGGGCAGCGCUGAGAUGGGGGAUGCUGCCAGGGUGGAAGAUCUGGAGAACAGUACAAGAAAGGGAUGAUCCAUAUGGCAACCUGGAACUUGGCCUUUGAAGCACCUGUUUGUGAUUAUAUCGACGACAUUUGUCUAUACGCAUUCUUCUUCAUUGAUAGUCAGGUUAGAUUAGGAACAGAGUUUCUUAUACUUUGGCAUGGUUGGACGUUGUAUAUCAAAUUUAGCCCUCAAGAUGAAUUCGAAGAUGUAAAUCUGUAGCAUAAGUUCCAAGUUAUUCCUUAGAAAUUAGUUUUGACACAGAAACUAGAACAAGGUACAGAGGCAUUUGGUUUCUUUCCUAUAAAAUCAUACUCUAUCGUGACGUUGAAGAGGUGUCCAUCUCAGGAAAGAGAAUGAAAAGCCAAA